AUCAACCCAUGCAUUAUAGAGGACUUAGGACCCUAUAAAUUGUGCAUUAAUGUUAGUAUCCAAUUUUCAACUCACCAAAACUUUCAAGUGAUCGAGUAAUUUAGUGAAAAUAUGGGUGGAACUUCAUGUGUGAGAAGAAGUGUGUUGCUCAUGAUAAUUCUGAAUAUUGUACUUGUAGUGCAGGCUGAUGAUCCUCCCGCUCCCUCUCUCCCUCCCUCUUCCGUUUUAAUUGUGCCUGAUCACUUUCCCUCUCCCUCUCAACAAGAUCAUACCCUUGAUUGGCAUGACUGUUCUCUUAAGUUGAUCAGGCUUUGCGAUAAAAUCACAAGUGUCAAGGUGUUAAUAAAACUAGGAUGGGGAUGGGGUAUGUUCCAAGGUUGUGUGCAUCUCAUACAAAAACUACUUUGCAAAUUUCCCUCAGAUAUUUCCUAUGAUUGUGUUGUUAAUCGUGUCAGAUUCCCAAGCAAAGCUAUUGGUUUUGAAACAGGGAAAGCAAAAGAUUACGUGGAAACAGGCUUCAACAGUUGCAAUAAGAAUUACUAGCUUAAUGCUUGAUGUUAUUUAAUUAGUAGACUAUUACGUCUUCUUAAUUGUAUGGCAGUCGUAUGACAGUCUACUACAUGCUUUGAAUGAACUGGAAGCAAGCUGCUAAAUAAAAUAACAGCAAACAAGGAUCAACCUCAGCCAAUCAACAACAACCAGCAAAAGCAAUCACAAACAAGACAACAAAGCAACUACAAAAAAAAAAAAUAUUCUUAAUAAUAUUUACUUUUAUAUAUGUAUUAAAAAUAAACGUUACUAUGU